AUGGUUGUAUGGGUAACUAAUGUUUUGGUUGUUAAUUGUUUCAUUAUGCAGUCAAUUCCAAAGUCCUUCCUAUAUUAUUUACGAGAUGAACUUGAACUAGAGGAUGAUAAUGAAAAGGCUGUCAUCUUAAGAGACAAGAGAGGACAAAGUUGGGUCAUCAAGCUUGAUAAUGUUAACCUGAAAUUCAAAGAUGGGUGGGAGAAAUUUUGUCAAGAACAUAAUAUGGAAGUGGGUGAUUUUGUGGUAUUUAGACAUGUAGGAGACUUGGUUUUUGACGUUUUAAUAUUUGAUCCUACUGCUUGUGAGCGUGAGUUCCCAAUCCCUGAUGCACCACUCGAGUUGAUGGCUGCUUCAUCCAAUCAUCCCUCACAUCUUAUUAACAAUAAUCCACCUGAAGGAACUAUCAGCCAUAUGAGGAUUGAAGAGGCCAACCGAAUCAAAGAUAAUCAGGACUCGGCUCUUGUCAAUGUUUCCAAAGCUAAUCUGGUGGAAUCUGUUGCUGUGCCAAGUUCUGAUAAGUUCAAGGGUAAGGGCAAGAAGCCUGAUCAUAAGGCUUACCAAUGUCCUCAACGCCAAGGUUCUGUCCAAAAAGAAACUCCUCAAGCUAACCUUGCUGUUUCGGAUGAUGUUAUUGCUGCUGUGGUUGUUGAAGCAAAUCUGGUGAAAAUCGUUCUGACUGGAUUCUGGACACCGGGCUUCAAGGCAUUUCUGUUCGAACAAGGAGCUGCUCCAUGA